CUGAAAAGCUUGAACGACCAACGGUCAGAAAAAGUGAUGAGAGACUAUGUGAAUGGAGCGUAUGGGAUCCUCUCCCUGGUCCACGUGGUAAACCAUGAGAUCACCAAAUCGAUGGAGACCGAAAAAGAAAAAUUGCACAAACUUCUAGAACAAAGGCUGGAAGAUGAGCUCCAGAACAUUGACCAGUUCAUGUCAGACAUUCACAUGGAGUUUGACAAGUGCCUUUCAGCCGGAGUGCUAGAGUCAGAGAAGACAUGUGUGACAAGAGCCAAGGAGGAAGUGAUAGCACCAAAAGGAAAAGGAGGAGGAGGGUACCACCAGACCCUGAGAGCUGUAUGCAACGGCCAGGGGUUCUGCAGGUCAACAAAUGGAGUAAAAACAAACAUGAACGCUUCACUGAGCAGCUCUCUGUGCGAUUCCAUUAAAAAAAUGUUUUCAAAAACAUUCAAGAAAUCUCAGAAAUCUAUCUCUGCAAAGAUUGAUAAUUUCAGCAUCCUCUUAGAGAGCUAUGAUGAAGAAACCAUGUUUCCUCGGCUGGCAUUCCUCAAAACUGAGGAACACAAAUUGAAAGCAGAUCUUAAAAAUGAGAUCGUCCAGAGGAAGAAGACAAUCUACUCUUCACUCACCAAGUCAAUCAUGACCUCCAUGCUCCCCUCCUAUAUAGAGGCUUCAGAUGUACAUGGGAAAGGAUCCCUAAAGAGAAUGCAGGACAUACUCGAGAGUCACAUUGAGUCAUCAAAGAGCACCAUGUUCCACGAUGCUAAGGGGAAGAUGCUGACACUCCUAGCCAAGCUCAGGGAACACAUUGUGCAGGAGCUAAGGUCUAAACUAAAGGAAGCUGUGAAGCAGUCACUCCACAAUGAGCUACCUCUCCCAGAUAUAUCUGAGCACUAUGAGAUAGUGAAGAGCGCCCAUGAAAAAAUGAUGAGUAAACCUAUCACAGAUGUUGAAGAUGAGAAACGUGUUCCAGAACACAGCUCGGGGAAGGAAACGACAUCUGAGCAGGUUCCACUUCGAAACAACAGGAAUGAUGAGAAGACAAAGAAGAAGAAGAAACAAAAGAAAAGGGCGAAGGAUGUUCUUGCAGGGGCUCUUUCACCUGAAAUCCCAGGUGCUGCGUUUGUGGAUAAGCACAUGAGUGCACUAAUCAAGAGGGUCACAAUGGUGAUGGCUAUAGCAGAUGACCUACUGGGAGAGGACAUGAUCCAAGAUGAAAUGUAUUCGAUUAUUGAUGUAGCCGAGACCAGUGAGAAAAAAAUGAGAGUUAUGUACAAGGCUCUACGCUCAGGAGGACCACUGAUUAAAUCAGCCUUCUACACAGCUCUCCAAACUAAUGAACCUAAUCUUGUCAACGACUUGGCUUCCCCCUGAAGACAGACCUGGCUUGGGUUGGUCCUCAAGUGCUGGACAAAGGGCAGCAAGCAGUCUCACCGGCUGUGGGACAGCAGCGGAGUUACUAUCCUCCUAAUGCCCCUAUGGGUGUUGGGGGAUAUAACCAACUAGCUCUAUCAUCCUUUUUGUAGUUGUUGUGGCUUUAUUUUUGUGGCAAACUGAAAUCUGUGCUCUUGCAAUCUGCUAUAGCCUGGUACUUUGUUUUCCUCAGAAUGUUUUGUGUGUUUUGUUUUUAUCAAACCCAUCUUUAGUGUUCUUACUGUAUGUGUGAGGGGAAAGGGACAACCCAAAACUGGUUAAAUAUGAUGUUAGUUUAAAAAACUUGUGCAUGCAUAAAUACUUGAGGACAGCAGAGGGACAAACAGGUUGAGUGGUAUGUAUGCUUGUUAAUUGAUUUAUGCAUUAUUUUAUUUGGUACAUAAUACAAUCAUGUUAUGUGGAAAUGUUUGUCACAAUUUAUUUGACCAGAGGACAAUACCAGUGGAAACAGUGCCAUGAAGUAAUGUGCAACCCAAGAUAAAAUAUUGGUCAUGUAUGUAACAUUUUAUUUUAGAUGUGUGCUUGAUUAUACCGAUGAAUUCUGUUUAUCUCUGUUGUAGCUUAUAUUCUGAUUGUAUUAUGGUACCUGGUUUAUAUCAUCAUUCAUUCUGUUUGUUCAAAGUAAUCUCUAAAUCAUCAUUAUAUCUUCAACUAGUUUUACAUUUUAUGUUUCUGUGUUGAAUGUCUCAUUGUUUCAUUUUUUUCCUCAAUAAAAAUAAAUGUUA